GAUUAGGUACAAAAUACUGUCAUCAACACAUGAUCGCUGUGUUUUCGGAAAGAAAAGAUUAGGUUUCAGCGUUUCUUGUUGGCACUUAAGGAGUAAGAAUGUAAGCAGUCUUCAACAGGUUUACCGGAAACAGUUUGAGAACUAACAAUGCCUGGCCAUGAGAACUACGAACUUAUAGAGGAGCACAAAGCCUCAGGGAAAGCGUUACAGUUCCGGUUGUUGUUGUGGAAGAAUUAUUUGAUCCAAAAGCGAUCUGUAGUUCGAACCUUACUGGAAAUUGGACUUCCAACACUAUUUUCUUUAUUACUGAUUGGUAUUAGACAAAUAACAAAUGGAACACCCAUCACCAAUACCACAUCAUGGCUGGCUUGUGGUAUUGAGCAGUUGCCAAAAACAGCACCAUUUUCACCCAGUUUGCCAGGGAAACUUGCAUAUAGUCCGAACAACCCCAUCAUGGAGAGGAUCAUGAAGUCAGUGGAACAGAGAAUUGGGGUUAUUGCAGACGCUUCCUUUGCUACUGAAAGUGAUAUGGUCACCUACCUAAUGUUUGCCAAUGGGACAGUCAACAACACACAAGAUUAUCUGGGCGGUAUUGUGUUCAGCGGCUUCAUCAAAAACUCCGGGGUUGACAAGCUCCCACACAAGAUAGAGUAUACAAUUCGCCUCAGUUCCUCCCCAAGGAAUGCUGGUAAACAGAAUUCCUCUCUGAACCCCUUCAAUACCGACACGCGAUGGAUGACUCGGGCCAACUAUCCCCAGUUCCAGAAAGUAGGGCCGCGGGAAAAGAAUCAUCCUUGUGGAGGCAUGCCAGGUUACCAAAGAGAGGGAUUCCUGACUCUGCAGAAUGCCAUUAGCUAUGCUAUAUUUGAGGAACUGGCUCCCGAUGAAGCCUCAGAACUAAUCAACCAGACAAAAAUGAGUGUGCGCCGUCACCCCUACCCACCGUACAAUGACGACCCGUUCGUGCUGGUGAUACAGAAACAGUUCCCGCUGGUCCUGAUGUUGAGCUUCAUCAUCACUGCUCUCAGCAUCGUCAAGGACGUCGUACAUGAGAAGGAGAGAAAGCUCAAGGAGUCCAUGAAGAUGAUGGGUCUGAGCAACUGGCUGCACUGGAUGGCGUGGUUCAUCAAGUACCUCCUCUUCUCCCUCAUCUCCAUCAUACUGAUGACCAUCUUCUUCUCCGUCCGUGUCGGACCCAAGCAUGAGAACGUCAUCGGCAACACGGACCCGUUCAUCCUCUUCCUCUUCCUCAUCAUCUACUGCAUCUCGGCCAUCUGCUUCUGCUUUGCCGUCAGUGUGUUCUUCAAGAAAGCCAACUCUGCAGCAGCGGCAGGAGGGAUCCUGUUCUUCUGCUCCUACAUCCCAUACUUCUUCAUCCAGAACCGGUACGAUACCAUGACUUGGGGGGAGAAGAUGGCCGCCUGUAUUGACUUCCAAGUCGCCAUGGCAUUUGGCGGUCAGGUCAUCGGCAUGUUUGAAGGCAUAGGGUCGGGAGUCCAGUGGAGCAACCUGGACCAGGGUGUGUCCGUAGAUGACAACUUCGCCCUGCUCCACAUUCUCCUCAUGAUGUUGUUCGACUCUGUUCUCUACUGUGCCAUUGCCUGGUACGUGGAAGCCGUCUUCCCUGGAGAAUUUGGAGUCCCUCAGAAGUGGUACUUUUUCCUGACGCGGUCAUACUGGUGUGGUACAAAACAGCGAGAUGAUGUUGAUGACAGCAAAGACUUGAAUACCGAAAAAGAAGAUGAAUACUUUGAGAAGGACCCAGUCGGCAUGAGGCCCGGAAUCAGCAUAAGAAACCUGAGCAAGGAGUUCGGCACAGGGGAAGCUUGUAAGAAGGCUGUGUCUGGGAUGACCCUUGACAUGUAUGAAGGGCAGAUAACUGCACUCCUCGGCCACAACGGCGCUGGGAAGACCACCACCAUGUCCAUGCUGACAGGGUUCAUCUCUCCAACAGGGGGCACUGCCAGGGUCAAUGGCUACGACAUCCGAGAGGACAUUGUCAGCGUGAGAAGCAGCCUCGGUCUCUGUCCUCAACACGACAUCCUAUUUGACAGUCUCACAGUGGAGGAACAUCUCAACUUCUUUGCCAAGUUGAAAGGUGUACCAUCAGCCAAAGUGGCAUCUGAGGUGGACCUUAUGUUGAACAACAUCGGACUGCAGCCCAAGAGGAAAGCCCAGUCGCGAACUCUGUCUGGUGGCAUGAAGAGAAAACUGUCUGUGGGCAUAGCACUCAUAGGUGGAUCUAAGGUGGUGAUCCUGGACGAGCCAUCCUCUGGUAUGGACCCGGAUGCUCGUCGGCACAUCUGGACCGUGCUGCAGAACAACCGGGCAGGCCGGACAAUGGUGCUGACCACCCACUUCAUGGACGAGGCUGAUCUACUGGGGGACAGGAUUGCCAUCAUGGCCGAAGGGGUUGUCAAAUGUUGUGGCAGCUCUCUCUUCUUGAAGAAUAAAUAUGGUGCUGGCUACCACAUGGUCAUAGUGAAGGAACCUCAGUGUGUGGUGGGGAAUAUCACUGCUCUUGUCACCAAGUACAUCCCUGAAGCCGAGCUGGAGAGCAACAUUGGUGCAGAGCUGUCUUACAUCCUGCCCCAGGAGAGUUCCCACCGCUUCGAGGAGCUGUUCACCCAGCUGCAGCUGGAGCAGAAGCAGCUGGGCAUCUCCAGCUUCGGCGCGUCAGUCACCACCAUGGAGGAGGUGUUCCUCAGAGUUGGAGAGGACAACAAUAGUCAUCUCCGAGAGAGGCUGCAGAAAGGGGGCGUGAACCUACCAGUCAUGAAGGGCUCCCAAGGGGCUACUGGAGCUGAUAACUCCUCCAUCAACACGCACCUAGAUCUGGGACGGGAGCUGAGACGCAAUGCUGGGAUCGCGCUCUAUGUCCAACAGUUUAGGGCCAUGUUCGUCAAGCGCUUUCUACACACAUUCAGGAACAAACUCGUCACAGCGUCACAGCUGAUUGUGCCUCUUUUUUUCACUGUCAUGGCACUUAUCGUCCUUAAAAUUUUCCCAGGGCCCACCGACUCACCAGCUCUCAAGCUCACCAUUGACCAGUUCAAGAAAAACUAUGUGCCCUAUGCCACUGGAUUGAAUCCAGAUGAAUCUUUAAGCAACCUGGCUGCAGCUUAUGUGAAUCAGUUUGGAAAUUCAUCAUCGGCCUUGACCUACAUAAACAACAUUGCAGGAUUCAAAAAAGACCCUGACAUCAUAAAAUAUUUGAGCAAGAAAGGCGAAGAAGGAAUCGGGAAAUAUAACAUCAGAUAUGUAAUUGCUGCAUCAUUUGAAGAAGGUACGGAGGCUGGUAUCAGCAAUGCUACAGCAUACUUCCAGAACCAAGCCUACCACAGCCCAGCCAUUGCUCUUGCAACGGUUGCAAGUGCUGUGCUUCAGUACAUCACAAAUGACUCCUCUUACUCUAUGGAGGUGACAAACCAUCCUCUCCCACGAACGGACAAGAACAGGGCCAAUGAUGAACUCACGCAAGGUACUGAAGGAUUUACCAUUGCAUUCAAUGUCUGCUUCGGAAUGGCAUUCUUGGCCAGCAGUUUUGUCCUGUUCCUUGUUAAAGAGCGGAGUGUCAAGGCAAAACACAUCCAGUUUGUUAGUGGAGUCCACGCCUUCAACUUCUGGGCUGCCACGUUUUGCUGGGACAUGUUCAACUAUCUUGUUCCUUGUACUCUUCUCAUCAUCAGUUUUGCAGCAUUCCAGAUUGAUGCCUACAUCGUGGACUUCCACUGGGCAGGCAUACUGCUGCUGUUUGUCAUGUAUGGAUGGGCCAUGCUGCCAUUUAUGUACCUGAUGUCGUUCAUCUUCUCCGUGCCAGCAUCAGCGUACGUCUGGAUCAGCAUAUUCAACAUACUCUCAGGUGUGGCUACAGUUCUGACCGUGGGUAUUCUGGCCAUCCCCCAGCUGGAGCUCGAGGAUACGUCCCGGAUCCUGGAGUGGGUCUUCAUGUCGGUGUUGCCCAACUUCUGCCUCGGGCAGGGCCUGGAGGACUUCUACUCCAACUAUGAGUUCCUACAAAUAUGCCAGAUGCCUAAACCAUCUACGAUGUUUUGCAGUGAUGAAUGCGUGGACUCUUGCCUGUACAACAACGAGAACUACUUCGGCUGGGCACAGAAUGGUAUUGGCCGAAUGUUAAUCUUCCUGGCUAUCCAAGGUGUGGUCUACUUCAGCCUUCUAUUUGCAAUCGAACUCAACCUUUUCAAAAAGCUUUUCUAUGCCAUUCGCAACCUUGGCUCUGGAAGCAGACGGUCUUCAUUCCUGUACAGACAACUCAGCAACACCGACAGUCAAAUACAGGAAGACUCCGAUGUCGCAACUGAGCGUGCUCGGUUGGCCAACCAAUCCCUACAUCAGUUGUUCCAGUCUGACAAGCUGCUUCUGCAGGAAGUAGUGAAGGACUAUGACAACAAUCGCGCCGUGGAUCACAUCUCUGUGGGGAUUCCCCAAGGCGAGUGUUUUGGCCUUCUUGGUGUGAAUGGUGCCGGGAAGACAACAACCUUCAAGAUGUUGACGGGGGAUGAAAUCCUAACUGGCGGCAAUGCUUUCCUUGAUGGCUUCAGUGUCAAGUCAGAUACACAAGAGGUGCAGCAGCGACUAGGAUACUGUCCACAGUUCGAUGCACUCAUUGGUCAACUGACAGGGCGGGAGACGUUGACCCUGUACGCACGCCUCCGUGGUGUGAUGGAGAGGGAGAUAGCUGGCACUGUCAACAACCUCAUCAACUCUCUGCUCCUCACUGACCAUGCUGAUAAACUGGCCCAAACCUACAGUGGAGGGAACAAAAGGAAGCUCAGCACUGCUAUCGCUCUUGUUGGCAACCCACCAAUCAUAUUUCUGGAUGAACCAACAACAGGUAUGGAUCCUGUCGCCAGGAGACUGUUAUGGGAUGCCUUGGCAACUGUACGGGACAGCGGGAGGACGCUGGUACUCACAUCUCACAGCAUGGAAGAGUGUGAAGCCCUAUGUACGAGAAUAGCCAUCAUGGUCAAUGGUCAGUUCAAAUGCUUGGGAAGCACACAACAUCUCAAGAACAAAUUCGGUGAAGGUUAUACCUUGAUGGUCAAGGUCUCCUAUCCUGAAGGUGACCUUGAACCUGACCUUGAACCUUUAAGGGCUUUCAUUGAAGGUCAGUUCCCUGGGAGCAUUCUCAAGGACAUUCAUCAAUGCAUGUUACAUUAUCACAUAACUGAUACACGUUUCACAUGGGCACAGCUGUUCGGGACGAUGGAACGAGCCAAGGACACGUACCACAUUGAGGACUACCUCGUCGGGCAGACGACACUUGAACAAGUGUUUAUCAACUUUGCCAGGUCACAAAAAACACCAAAUGAGGCAGUGAAAGGAUGUAUGUCUUGGUGUUGUUAAUUAUAUUGGAUAUGGACAUCAGAGAAAUAAGUCACAAAAUAGUUUUUAUUGAAUCAAGGAAUUGUUCAAAUAACCAUGACUACACAUUUGUUGACAUUUAUGUCUUUUCUGUAACCAGAGCAUAAUAUAGAAUGUAGAUAUUAAACAAAAUGUUUACUAAGGCUUUAAAAAAUAAAAGAAUUGGUUCUCGGGCAAUGGUUUUUGAAAAUAUUGUGUGGGUGGGCAGUGUCUUUUGUUGUUUGGUUUUGCUAUCUAGUUUGUAACCAGAUCAACAGUUGUGUAACCAAAUAAACAAUUGUAAACCUUGGAAAGGGCUUACCUACAUAAAUGUAUUCCUUGAUGAGUAAAAUACUGGAAAUACAGUAUUUGACAACCGUUGGACUUGGCAUAUUUAAGGUAUUUUAUUUUUUUUAAAUGGAAUUAAAAAUGAUAUGGCAAUGAACUUAAUGAUGUUGUGGGCGGUGCCUGAGAACCGAGACUAUUAUUUUUUUUAGCCUCAUAUAUUUUGAAUAUAGUUUUACAACUGUAUUUUAACCUGUUUGAAGAAGAAUGUCACAAUCAUGACAGAACUAUUUCAAAGGAAUAGUUUUUAAACAUUCCAAGACAAGAAGUAUUCAUAUUUUUCUAAUUGUAAUCAUCAGGUUACCUCUUUAUGCAAAGAACAAUCUGCAUGUCUCACUUAAACUUAGAACGACAGCCAUUUGUUAUUUUUUAAUAUAAAAGCAAACCCUCAAAGUUUGUUACUUUACCUGUGACACUUCUGAUUGGCAUAGACAAAGGGAGAGCACUCAAUGUUUACAGCAGUGGGUGUCCGAUUGGAGUUGCUUCCCUUCCCUCAGAAAAUGUCCAUGUGCUGUUUUUCUUCAGUGUUGUAAAUGCUUGUGAGACAUGGUGGUGUGUUUGACAAAAGUCAAGUACUGUAUUUGACGGAAUAAGCUCCCAGGGCGCUCUCAAAUUAGAAAUGGGGGGGCUUUUAUAAGAAUAAUAUUUUGGUGAAAAAAACCGUUGAAAGAUAAGUUUUGUGGUUUAUGCUGACAGCCUUAAAUGUUUAUA